GCCCAGAUUUGUCGCAACAUCUGUUUGAAUGCCACCUUCCCCAGAAGUGAGCAUGUGGGAGUCCAGUGGACGAACAGAACAACGAGGCGAUGAUGAUCGUCGAGGUGGCUAUAGCGGAUGGAAUACAUCAUAUAAGGGCAACAAUCAGUCCAACUGGAAUGGUAGUCGUUAUGGUGAUAAUAGUAACCGAGGACAAGGCAAGGGUGGCGAACGUAAUUGGACCGUACAGGGUAAUUAUCGGAACAAUGGUUACAAUGGGGGAGGAUAUAGAAAUGAUCGCUAUAGUGGAGGCGCUAACUGGAAAGGUGGUAGACAGUCGGGUGGUGGCUAUGGCAAAGGAGGUUAUAAUAAUAACGGUGGUGGAAAGGGAUAUGGCAGAGAUCGAUACGAUGACUUGAGCUGGGAUGCUGGUAUCGAUUGGGACUAUGAGAAGCUAGCACAGUUCAAUAAGGAUUUCUAUGUGCCUCAUCCGACAGUGGAAGGUCGAAGUGAGGGAGAGGUUGAUGAUAUUAGAAGAGCUAAUAGAAUUCAAUUAAUUGAAGCUCACGGGAUGAAGUGCCCCAAGCCCGUGACCACUUUCGAGGAAUCUAAUUUUCCGGAUUAUCUGAUUUCCACCCUAAACCAGCGCUUCCCAGGAGGGCAUCCAUCGGCCAUCCAAAUGCAGGGUUGGCCCGUGGCGAGCAGUGGGAGGGAUCUCGUCGGAGUUGCCGAGACCGGUAGUGGGAAGACUCUGGCCUACCUCAUGCCGGCCAUUGUUCACAUCGCCGCCCAACCUGAGGUCGAACAGGGUGAUGGACCGGUGGCCUUGGUCUUGGUACCUACUAGGGAGCUGUCACAACAGCUCUUAGCCGAGUCGAUGCUGCAGAUCGGAUCGGUUCCGCUGAGGAUUGCCUGUGUGUAUGGGGGACAGCCCAAACGGCAACAAGAGAGGGAGCUGUGGACCGCUCCGGAACUGCUGGUUGCGACCCCAGGUCGUUUAAUUGACUUUUUGCAGAAUGGAGCUACCAACCUCAAGCGUGUUACGUAUCUCGUGAUUGACGAGGCUGACGAGAUGCUCGCCUUGGGUUUCGGGAGGCAGCUCGAUUCUAUCUGCUCGGCAAUCCGCCCCGACCGUCAAACUCUCAUGUGGAGUGCCACCUGGCCCAGGGAGAUACAAGAUUUGGCACGCAAGCACUGCCGAGAGAUGCCCGUGCAUAUCAACAUUGGCAGUCAAUCGUUGGCUGCGUGUCACCAAGUGACGCAAGAUUUUGUCUUCCUCGAGCAUCCCGGGAUGAAACAGAAAGAAUUCAUGGAUAAUGUAAUUCCGAAAGUCUGGAAUGUGCUGGAGAGUAACGGAGAGGCAAAAGCGUUGAUUUUCUGCAAUACAAAGAGAGAAGUCGAUCAGCUCACGCAGCUGUUGCGAAGUCAGGGGUAUAAUGCUGUUUGCAUUCACUCUGAUAAAGAGCAGUCUGAGAGGGAAUGGGUAUUCGCACAAUAUAGGGAUGGAGAUGUGCGUUUGUUAGUCGCCACCAAUUUGAUGGGUCGAGGAGUUGAUAUUAAGAAUAUUCAGUUCGUCAUCAACUAUGACAUGCCGCAGAAUGUUGAAGAGUAUGUCCAUCGUAUCGGACGAACCGCCCGUGCGGGAGCACAUGGUACUUCCAUUACUCUGUUCACAGCACAGGAAGGAAGGCAUGCGAAAGAUCUCGUUGAUAUCUUGAACGAAGCUGGGCAGAACAUUCCUGAGUUCCUGUUGAUGUUGAAAGACAAUCCGUAUUGGCGACCGGGUUUCUGAGAGAUGAAUUGGAGUAAUGUGUGAUGAGAUGUUGCGAAUUUGAUUUGCUGAUCUGCUGUGAAUCUGCAGUGUUCUUUCGGAAGCUGGGCUUUCUACGUUUUU